CUUAUCGAACAGAUCAGUAAAGCUUUACCAUUUGCAUUUAGCGAUGCUUUCAAAGACAAGAUUUUUCUUUACUAAGAAUUCCAUUGUAUUAAAUAUUCUUACCCAAAGUAAAGGGUGUAGAUUAUCAAUACCAUCGAGAUUAUCUAAACCGGGAUUUGGAUUUAACAAAUAUGUUUCGAAAUUUAAUUCAAGACAUUAUUCUACAUUACAAACUACUGUUAAUAAUUCAAUAAAAGAUUCACCAAUUAUAAAUGCUGGUAAAUCUAGUUUUAGAAACAAUGGUUCUAAUACUAUUUCUAAUAAAUCAGUAGGUUAUUGGUUAAUUGGUACUUCUUCUUUAGUAUUUGGUAUUGUAGUUCUUGGAGGUUUAACAAGAUUAACUGAAUCAGGAUUAUCAAUUACUGAAUGGAAACCAGUUACUGGCGCUCUUCCUCCUUUAACUCAAGAAGAUUGGGAACUUGAAUUUACCAAGUAUAAGGAUUCACCAGAAUUUAAACAAUUAAAUUCUCAUAUUAAUUUAGAAGAAUUUAAAUUUAUUUAUAGUAUGGAAUGGGGUCACAGAUUAGUUGGAAGAGGAAUUGGGUUAUUCUUUAUUCUUCCAGCCAUUUAUUUCUGGAAAAGAGGUAGAUUCUCUACUCAUAUUACAAGAAGAGUUGUUGGUUUAACUGGUUUAUUAGGUUUACAAGGAUUCAUAGGUUGGUGGAUGGUUAAAUCAGGAUUAGAUGAAGAACAAUUGGUAAAUAGAAAUUCUAAACCAACUGUAUCUCAAUAUCGUUUAACUACUCAUCUUGGAGCUGCCUUUUUAAUGUAUUUAGGAGUUUUAUGGACUGCUUUUGAAAUCUUGAAUGAAAAUAAAUUAUUGAAAUUAUCCAAAAUAUCUCCAGAAAAGUUUGAAUCAGCAAUCAGUAUAUUGACAAGUCCAAAAAUUAGAAAUAUAAGAUUAAUGGGUACUGGUUUAUUAGUUCUUACUUUUAUAACUGCUAUGACAGGUGGUAUGGUGGCUGGUCUUGAUGCAGGUUUAAUCUAUAAUACAUUCCCUCAUAUGGGUGAUGAUAUAGUUCCUGCUUAUGGAGAACUUAUGUCACCUGUUUUUGCUAGAAAGGAAGAUAAAUCUGAUUUAUGGUGGAGAAAUUUAUUAGAGAAUCCAACCACAGUUCAAUUAGUUCAUCGUAUUUUUGCAACCACAGCUUUCUUUGCCAUUUUAGGUGCUCACCAUAUUGUAAAUAAAAAUAAAGCCAUAAUUCCUAAACUGGCUGUAAAGCUGAUGCAUACAGUAAUGGGAUUUGCUACACUUCAAGUAGCCCUUGGUAUUUCUACAUUAAUUUAUUUGGUUCCUAUUCCACUUGCUGCUGCUCAUCAAGCAGGUGCAUUGGCUUUACUUACAACCUGUUUAUUAUUUUCGGCAAGAUUAAAAGCUCCUAGACCAGAAGCAAUUGGUUAUAUUAACAAGUUAAUGAAAAACCAAUUAUUAAAGGUCAAAUAUUAAAUUUGUAAAUAAAUAUUUCUUGUAUAUAGCUAUUAUAUAAAUAAAGAUAAUCUAUAAUUCUAUAGUUACCAU